CCAGCCACUUUCGGAUUUCUCCUUCGAAGGAUAUGGUAGUUGCAAUCGAAUUCGAUGCGCCAUCCUCGGUUGUGGAAUGGUACGUCUGAUCAUGACCAAAAAGUGUAGUUGAGAAAUGAGAGAUUCGUUCUUUUUCUAAGGGGACAACCACAGAAGUAACAAUCUAACAUAAGAUCGGCAUCCAUGUUUCUCUUUGCAGAUGGGACAAGAACACAUAUCGUAUAUAAUGGGAUAUGCCUCUCAGAUUCGAAUUGAUUAUCUUUGUGAUCCGUUUGAUGAUUCUUUGCAAAAGGCAAAGAAGAUCAUGGAAGAUUUCCGAGGCGAUCCUAUCAUUAAAAAUUCCGAGCCUUGCUUCCUGACAGACGAGAACGAGCUCCUCCUUCACGUUGACAACAUUGAUCUGCUUGUUAUCGCUUCACCAAACUAUCUCCACACACCCUCCCUUCUUCAAUGGGGACUUCACGAUAUCACUAUUCUCGUCGAGAAGCCAAUAGCUGUCUCCAGAGAACAGCAUGACGAAUUGCGUGCUUUGUCUUCGUCUCCAGAGUGGAAAGCACGAGUCUGGGUUGCCAUGGAAUAUCGAUACAUACCUGCAAUAGCUAAACUGAUUUCAUUGAUCCCGGAUAUUGGCGAUUUGAAAAUGAUAACAAUCAGAGAAAAUCGCUAUCCUUUUCUCCACAAGAUUGGCAAAUGGAAUCGUGAUCGUGCAAAGACAGGGUAAGCACUUUCGUCCGUCUUCUUUUCUUUGUCUUCUGGCGUAGCGUUGACUACAAUGUGGUACUCAUGCAAAAUCUGGCUCGCACUUUUACAUUAUUGUCAUUCAACACCAGGGACACUUUGGUGGAGAAGUGCUGUCAUUUUUUCGAUUUAUUCAGGUAAGAAAGAAUCACUAUUUUCUCUUCUCGAAAUUUCAUUCUCUAUAGAUGACUGAUAUUUUAUGUCUCAUUUUAUUCGUUGCGUCGUUAGGUUAAUUACCCAAAAAGAAGCUAUUCUAUCAAAGGUCAAAACCUUGGCUCAGAGAGGAUUGAACUACCAAGAUGAGCCGAGCGAAUUCGAAAUCCCCAUAAUCGAUUCCGCCUUUGUUACGAUGCCGUUUGAAAACAAUCCAAUCCAAAAGAGCGCUACGAGGCCCAUCGGUUGCUUGGAACUGUGCAUGUUUUCGGAAGGCAGCCGUCACCAAGAAGAGAUCAUUGUUACGGGAACAAAGGUAAGACGAGACAUCAUUAAGACACGUUAAUAUAUUCCAAGGAUUGUUCUAACGGAUAUUGUUGUGGUGUUCUAAUUGAUUCGAAAAUCGCUAUUCAAUACGAUAGGGGAGAUUGGAGGCAUAUCUUCCAGAAAAUAAGGUGUAUCAGUUUUUUCGACCCAGCUACGAGCUAUGGAGGGACCGUAGCAUUCCACCGCCGCUUUCUGCCAUAAGAUGCGAGGUCUUUGAUUGCAGCAAUGUCCGUGAAAUUCACUCGAUCGAGAGCGAAAUACCAAGUCACAGAGGCUACCACUAUAACAGCACAGCAGUGGAAUGGUACCACCUACUGAAUGAAAUGAAACGCUACCAGAAAACUGGAGAAUUCUUUCCACAAGUCACCCUAGAAGAUGGUUUACGGGCCGUCGAGAUGGGGAUCGAAGCAACUGCGAGACUCGCAGAGGACGCGGACGACGUGAAAUAAUGUUACCAACAAGAUUAUUAACAAGGCAGUGGAUGACCCAUAGCCUAUUAAG